AUGUCGGAUAUGGAGUCGUUCCUGUUUGUGGUCAUGUCAUACGACAGAUAUUUGGCGAUUUGUCAGCUUCUGAGAUAUUCUGCUCUCAUGAAUACUAGACUGUGUCUGUAUUUAGUGAUCGUGUUCUGGUUCGUUACCUUGGCGAUUGUGACGACUAUGUCUUAUUUCUUAAUGAACAUGGGAUUUUGUGGCCCUGUUAGGAUCGACCACUUCCAUUGUGACUUAACCUCCCUUAUAAGUCUUGCAUGCUCAGACAUAACAUCUUUUAUAUCUCUGACCUUAGUCAUCAGCAAUGUACUAAGUGUGUCACCUCUUGUAGCUGCUUUCGUAUCAUACACCUUCAUCAUCAUCUCCAUCCUCAAGAUAAAGACCUCCACAGGAAGGAAGAAAGCUUUCUCCACCUGCAGCUCACACCUGGUGGUCUUAGGUGUACACUGUGCCAUUGUUUUUGCUCUAUACGUGGUGCCGAGGAACAAAACCUAUUUCCAAGUCUAUAAAGGGAUGUCCUUUUCCUACUUUGCAGUGACCCCGCUGAUAAACGCCAUCAUUUACACUGUCAGGAAUCAGGAUUUCCAUAAAGCAUUAAAGGCCACAAUCAAUUAA